AUGUCCAACCUAGCACUGGCAAGUCACAAGCGGAUACUUACACGAUAUAGUAACCAAUUACAAAAAGUUCUAACGCGAUUCAAAGACCCGAAGUUAGAAGAAAUCAUUAUUCAAAACCUGCAAGAUGAUUUAACGCCCAUCGUUAUUCACACAAGCCUACAGCAGUUAGGAGUUGCAGCCCUAGAAAACAUGAUCACAACAAAGAUUCAACACGCACUAGACGAACUCGCUACCAUAUUAAAACAUAUAAAACACGCCCUGACGCUACCAAAUAUUGAAGACGAGUUCGUGCAAUAUUUGAGUGCCGCUGAUGAAGCGAUUGGCAAUGCUUCCGAAUAUCUUGUACUCCUCCAUGCUCGGAUUCAUGGCUUCAAGGCUCACGAUGAGCUUCUCAACACAUCCCACAAACCCUCUCCACUACGAACAGUGGGAAAGAUGAAUCCACCGUCACUGCGGUCGUGA